AUGUCGUGUUGUGCUGUGUUUUGUCCAUCAAGAACAACUAAAGGAGGAGUAAAAGAUCCAGAAUUAUCAUUUCACACGUUUCCGAAAUGUCCGGAAAUCAGAGAUCAGUGGAUAAAGGCCGUGAGGCGCAAAAAUUGGGAGCCGACUAAAUACUCCAGGUUAUGUUCAAAACAUUUUGAAGAAUCCAGUUUUGUGACUGGUUUGUCAAUCAAGAAACUUAAAACAGAUGCUAUACCAGUAAUUUUUGAAGGAUAUCCAAGUUAUUAUCAGCCGAUAGUAGCCAAAAAAAGAAAACAGAAAAGCGAAAACCUGGAACUGACACCAAGGAAACGAAAAAGAAUAAAAGCUAGCAGUGUUAAGACAGAAGAUCUUCCUACAACUCCUCGGCGAGCAAUGAAGGUUUUGACAUCUUUAUCAAAAGCACGGACAACAGCUUUGCGGCAUCUAAGACUCGUGAAAACUUUAAGAGUAAGUAAACGCAGAAUUACU